CAGGUAAACCACAAAUUAAUCUCCAGCCUUUUCUUUCUUUCUCUCAAUUAAACUAAUACAGCUUUUUUAACUUCCAAUAUUUUCUCAACUAAUUCCGUUUAUUAUGGCUUCAACUAUAACAGUGCCUUCCAUCCAAACAAAACCCCAUCACUGUCGCAUCUCCGCCGUGCCGGAGAGUGAGGUGCUAAGAAGAAGAAAUGAGGAAUUAGAGAAGGAAUUAAAGAAAAGCAUUGAAAGAGAAGAGAAAAUGAGAGAGGAAUUGAAUAAGAUAUGGGAGAGGCUAAGGGUUGCUGAGGAGGCUGAGGAGCGGCUUUGUUCUCAGCUUGGGGAAUUUGAAGCCGAAGCUAUCGAUCAGGCUCGGGCAUACAGGACACGUGUUCUUCAUUUGAUGGAUCAACUCUCUUUGGCACAAAAACUUCUCCAAUCAGCUGCCGUUAGCGUUCCCAAUUCCCAAUAAUAGUAGGGGAAAUUGGGCUUGACGUUUUUUUUUUCUUCUUUUUGUAUAAUUAUCUAGUAUUCAGAAUUACUAGUCCAAAUUAAUUCAGAUCGAAACAUACAGGGAUGUUUGGUGGCGGAUUAGGAGUAAAUUAUUCAUGCAAAAUCUUGUAAUACUGUGUUUGAUAGCUAAUUAUGAGGUGAGUUAUUCAUGUAUAAAAUUAAUACAGUAUUUGGUUUGUAA